GUGCAAAGACUGCAAUGACGAAAUAAAUGGGCGGCAUUGUGAGGCAGGAAAUGACGGAGGAACGCCGAGAGAUUAAUUCUUGGAGAUUCUCAUGGUUAAAAAAAAAAAAAUAACCCCCAGGCAUUUCGAAAUUGCGUCUUGCAACGCGACUUCUGAAUUUCGCGAAUGUCGAAUGUUUACAUUUUAUUGGAAUCAUAUAUAUCUUGUCUCCUUUUUCGUAUGGAAAUAAAUUGAUCGUAUAUCUAAUUUAUUUCGGCAUCCUUAUUUAAAUGCUCCUCAGCGGAGGGAGAGGCAAUACGCCGCUUCGCAGGCAUUACAGAAAUAAUUAGACGCACGAUUUUCUGCAUACAGCACGCGCUGUCGGUAGAUUAGAGAAUCGCACCUCGAGAAGAGCGGCGUAUCGCGAACUAACUUGCGGGGCGCGGAGAGAGCGGUCGGCUCUCCGCGCACACGGCACAGGUGUCCCACAUUUUACGGUGCCGUCGCGUCAACAAAAUAAAUAUGUUAGGUUAUGAGUGCAACCGUGAGAUCGGUUAACAUUGUACAUACAGCAACACCCGAUAUACGUAAAAUUAAGAUAUCAUGUCGGACCUGGAGUCGGGGGUGCAGACAGGACGGAGGAGCUAUGAGGAAAUAUUGAAGCAACGGCAGGAUGAGAGCGGGCGUAAAACCGCGACGACAAAUGAGCAGGCCCGCGUCGAGGACAUCGUGCUCAAGUUUUACCGAUCGUGCAGAGAGGGCGAUCCCGUUUUGCUCAGGCCGAAACACAUUCAGUUCUUGAAGAGGGCAAUCGCCCAUUUGAACGACACUUACGAGUGCUUGGACUCCAGCAGACCAUGGCUGUGCUUUUGGAUAUUGCACUCGCUCGCGAUACUGGGAGAACGGUUGGAGGACGAGGAGCAUUCCAAGAUAGCGGGCUUUCUGGCCAAGUGUCAAUCGCCGACGGGCGGUUUCGGCGGUGGCCCGGGACAGCAUCCACACUUGGCGUCCACGUACGCCGCGGUGAACGCGCUGUGCACCAUCGGCACGCGGGAGGCGUACGAUGUGAUAGAUAGGAAGAGCUUGAAACGGUUCCUAACGUCCUUACGCGGGGAGGACGGCUCGUUCUGCAUGCACGAGAACGGCGAGGUGGACAUACGCGGGGCGUAUUGCGCCCUGGCCGCCGCCAAGCUGACGAACGUGUACACGCCGGAUAUGUUCAGAGGCACCGCCGAGUGGAUAGCCAAGUGCCAAACGUGGGAGGGUGGCUUCGGCGGAUGUCCGGGGAUGGAGGCGCACGGCGGAUACGCGUACUGCGCUUUAGCGGCGCUCGUGAUGCUUGGGAAAACAGAGCUUUGCCAGUUGCCGGAGUUGUUGAGGUGGAUAGUAAAUAAGCAGAUGCGUCUGGAGGGCGGUUUCCAAGGACGUACGAACAAACUGGUGGAUGGGUGCUACUCGUUCUGGCAAGGCGGUACGUUCCCACUGAUCGCCGCUAUCCUGUCGACGCAGGGGAAGACGUUCAACAGUUCCGACCACUGGCUGUUCAACCAAGAGGCCUUACAAGAGUAUAUAUUAAUUUGCUGUCAGAACCCGCACGGCGGUCUUCUGGAUAAACCGGGGAAAAAUCGUGACAUAUACCACACAUGUUACGUCCUCAGUGGAUUAUCGAUUGCGCAAAAUUCACCAAUAAAGUCGAUCAUCGGGAAAAAGCUCGCGAAUAAGGUAGAGGUGAUCCAUCCCGUUUACAAUGUAGAAUACUCCGCCGCGAGAAAGGCGCAGGAGUAUUUCCCUACUCUACCGAUACCCGCCGAUUGACUCAUCUUAGCUAUUUAAAAUUCUAUCUAACCCAUGUUUGUAUGUUUUUCCUAAAAAGAGAGAGAGAGAGAGAAAAAAAAAAGAAAAAAAUAUCCCAAAGGACGAUAGAAUUUAUCUCAAAUUGACCAAUAUGCGCGCAAAAGUUGUUUCUACAUGAGAAUCCGUAAUUGUGAUAUAUAAAAAGAGAGAACUUAUUAAAGUGUCACGUUAAUCGAUCUUCGAUAUUAUUGGAUAUUGAAAGCUAGGUCACAUUUUUCCUGUGUCUUCGUUUUAUUUCGCGUUAAAUAAAGUUUACGGAGAAGA